AUGACUGAUUCACAAGCAACAAAACCUACGAGACUAGCCAUCCCUGCAGGACAAGUACGUCGCCUGCUACCUGCAAGUCCAAGACCUGCUUUACCACCCAGACCGGUUCUUUCAAGGCCAAGACUGAAUCCGGUACUUGCAGCGUGCGAAGUAUGCCGGAAGCAUAAAGUCAAGUGCUCCGGCGAGAGACCGACGUGUCUUCGCUGUCAACAAAGACGCCUGACAUGUAAAUACGUGGCAAGGCCGGGAGAGACAAGAUCACAGGCCCUCAAUCGAUGUUCAGGAAACUGUCAGAAUCACGAUUCUACCCUCUACGAAGAAUUGAUCGGUUUACUGCGGAACUUACCCGACCAAGAGGCUCAAGAUAUCCUAAAAAGAAUUAGGUCUGGGGCAGACGUUGGUUCCAUCCUUCAGCAGGCCAAAGCCGGAGAUGUUUUGCUUCAGAUGGCUGUCGUGCCCGAAACUCGGUACCGAUAUGAGUUCCCCUACAAAGCAGAGAUGCCUAGAGAUUUCCAUAUCGACAAUCCUUACUUAAGUUCUUUGAUAUAUGAGACCGCUUCUAUCUAUUCGUACAGAGGUGGUCCGGAAUUGACCACACCAAGCGGAAUCAUUGACCUUGCUUCCGAAGAAGAGAGAAGUCUCUACUUGAAGCCUUUUCAUGCAGCACAAGUUAUCGAACCACUUCUAAAAGAUGUCAAAAUAUCGUGUUGGACUAACGCUAGCAAGGAUGAUUUACUGAUGAGGGAUCUAUUGCGAGUCAUGUUUCGUUGCGAAUAUCAAUUCACUGCGGCCUUCCAUAAGGAUCUGUUCCUACAAGAUCUAGCUGCGGGACGGAAAGACUUUUGCUCUUCCCUUCUCGUUAACGCUCUUCUUGCCUAUGCUUGUGUCUGCUAUCCGCGAAUGCCCAACCGUGUCCAGUAUUGGAAUCCAGACAAUCUGAUAUACCGCUUCACUGCUGAGGCCAAGCGCUUGUGGGAACUGGAAGCCAAAGUACCCCGAAUCACUACCAUCCAAGCUGGUAUACUCUUGACCGUAUUCCACAACCUUUGUGGGGUUGAUGAGAUUGGGGAGCCCUACAGACUACAGGCUAUUUCUCUUGCUCAGCAACUUGGUAUCUUUGAUACUCCUGUGGCAGACCGGUGCGAAAGGCUCCAAAGGGGGAGAGAAUACACUGCAUGGGCUCUGUAUAACUGGGAGACACUUUCUGCGUUUUUGUUCAUGUUUGCUCCCCUCAUCAAGGAGCCCCCAGUCUGGGAGCUUCCAGAUCCAUCAAAAGAUAGAGAUUGGUAUGGAGAGACAUGGGUAAACUACCCGUUGAACCAUGGUCUUUCGCCCUUGGAUACGGGUAACGUUCUUCGAGCAAGGUGCCAGUUCCGGAUCAUCAUGAACGAAUUUUGCAAUGCGGCCUAUUCAGGAGGGUCUGAGAUAGAUCUUGACUUGGCCCAUCAUUUUCGUGGACGCCUAGAAAGUUGGUAUCGUGAUCUACCAGAAUCUUUGACGCCCAAGAAAAUCGUCCUCCCAGGACAGCUACAGCUUCACAUGUACUACCAUCAUCUCCUAUUGACCAUCUUUGAGCCUCUGCUUAACGCAGCCACUGCCACCAGUGAAGCAUCACCUCAUCACGUCGUAAGUAGCGCCAAGAAGAAUCUUCAUACCCUCGUCAGACUAUACUUUCUCCGACACGGAUUUGAAGCCAUGGACCUUUUUAUAGCUAUACCGCUUAUGAUGAUUGGCUAUGAGUCCCUUAAUCUCAUCAACGACAACACCCCAGCAGAUGAGAUCGAGUCUAUACGAGCGACAGUCAUUCUGGUUGCUCAAGGGCUCUACUAUCAACGCCGACACUAUUACUUGGCGCAAGUUCUCUUUCGAGUCAUCCGAGGGAGAAUGCGUCAGCAGGAUAUCGGGCUUCUGGAAAGAUCAAUGGCGCUGAAGCUGGGCGAUGUUGACCGCGACUUGGAACUGGCUGUUGCUGUGCGGAGUCAGUGGCCGGUCACUAAUGUAAAGAAGCAGAAGGAAAUUAAACCGCACGUGCUGAGUAAUAUCAUUAAUGGCUUUGGUGAUAUGAACAUCGAAGGAUAUGUAUCAGAUGCAGACAAGGAGUUGGACGGAUAA